AUGACGCCGUGGCGCCGCGUCCCCCCCUCCUUGCUCGUUGAGAAACGCUCGAGCCAAGGCGGGUCGCAUGCCGCAUACCUGCUAGGUCCGCGCUUCGACCUCGACCAGCCCACCGUCUACCGGCGCUCGUCCUGUGCUGCUGCUCGACACCUCGACUUCCGUCCGGACUCGCCUUCUGCCGAGCAAGGCGAUCGGCUACAGCCGCACCGAGCGUUCCCGUGCAAUACGCAUGACCUGCUCAGCCACCCCAUGUUUAUAUCCAUGUCCCUUCGCCCUUACACGCUGAAGACACUCUCCCACGCUUCCUGUCCAGCACCCGCAGCACAAGCAGCCACCCGCGCCAGCAGAAGCAGCGCUCCUUUCGCCCCUCGACGCUGGACCGCCUCGGUCUCCCGCGCUCAGCGACACCCCCUCCGCGAACGAAGAACCCCCCCAGCCCGCUGCCAGCAAAGCGGCUCAGGGCUUUGGACUGCUGCCGUAGUAGUCGGUCUUGCCGUUGGCGGCGCAUUGCUCGUCCCCGUCUUCAGCGCGACUCCGCUCUCCGCCACCGAAGAGCGCACCUCCCCCUUGGACACCACCUCCACCACCUCCACCACCUCCGCCACCUCCACCACCUCCGCCACAGACGCCACAGACUCCUUCCUCGUCAUGGCCCCCAACACGCCCGCCGGUCGCCCCGGCACGCUGACGCCGCAAGAGGAGGAGAAGCUGCGCGAGCUAUGGGCGCUCACCAUGAAGGUCUUUGGCGUGCACGUGUCGGCCGCGGAACCAACCAACGGCGGGCAGACACCCGCAGCGCCCGUGGCUGCCCCCGCCACGGCAGCGCCUGCAGAGGAGAAGAAGAAGAAGAGCAAGCUGAGCGUCUUCUCGAGGCACAAAAAGGACAAGUCGGACAAGAGUGCCGAGGCAGAGUCGACGCCCACGUCAGGAGCACAGACGCCCGACCUUGCACGCCUGUCCCUCUCCACCGACGACGACAAGUUCGGCCAGACGGCAGACUUCAGGGCCACCGUCGCAAACACGCCGCCAGAGGACCUGCGCAACGCCUUCUGGAGCAUGGUCAAGCACGACCACCCCGACGCCCUCCUCCUGCGCUUCCUGCGCGCCCGCAAAUGGGACGUCGAGAAGGCGCUGGUCAUGAUGAUCUCCACCAUGCACUGGCGCCUCGACGAGAUGCACGUCGACGACAAGAUUGUCAAGCACGGCGAGCUGGGCGCGUUGGUAGAGGCCAGCAGCACGACCGACCCAAAGGCCAAGAAGAACGACGAGGACUUUUUGAUGCAGCUGCGCAUGGGCAAGAGCUACCUCCACGGCCUCGACAAGGAGGGGAGGCCCAUAUGCGUCGUCCGCGCACGCCUGCACAAAGCCGGCGAGCAGACGGACGAGAGUCUCGAGAAGUUCACCGUCCUGAUGAUCGAGACGGCGCGUCUGCUGCUCCGGCCGCCGAUUGACACCGCCACCAUCAUCUUCGACAUGACCGACUUCUCCAUGGCCAACAUGGACUACGCGCCGGUCAAGUUCAUGAUCAAGUGCUUCGAAGCAAACUACCCAGAGUCCCUCGGCGCCGUGCUGGUCUACAAGGCGCCCUGGGUCUUCAACGCCGUCUGGGCCAUCGUCCGCGGCUGGCUGGACCCCGUGGUGGCAGCCAAAGUCAGCUUCGUCAAGAACGUCGACGAGCUGGAGAGGUUUGUGCCGAGAAAGCAGAUCCACAAGGAACUCGGCGGCGACGAAGACUGGGUAUACACGUACCCGGAGCCCGUGCCGGGCGAGAACGACGCGAUGCAGGACGAGGCAAGCCGGCAGGCGAUCCAGACGGACCGCACGCAGAUUGUCAGCCGGUACGAAUCGACGGUGCUCGCGUGGAUCAAGGCCGGCGCACAGGGCGGCAGCAUCGAGGAGCGGAGGAGGGAGCGCGAUGCUGUGGCUGAGGAGUUGAGGCAGAACUACUGGAAACUCGACCCCUACGUCCGCGCCCGGACGCUGUACGACCGCAUGGGCGUCAUCCAGCAGGGUGGCCAGCUCGCGUUCUACCCAGCUGCGCCCGCGGCGCCGGGGCGGGCAUCCACCAGCGCAGACGAUCUGGACUAG